AUGAAUAAAUUAUUAUCUUUAGUCUGUUUAAUCGUUCUCAUUAAAGUAGCUGCUGCUACUUAUGGUGUCGAUCUUUCACAAGGUGGAGAUCAAGCUGGUUUCCAAUGUCUCGUCGGAAAGGGAUUCACUUUUGCAAUUGUAAGAUGUUACAUGUCAUCUGGAGGUAUUGAUCCAAACUGUGCAUCAUCUGUCUCGGCUGCUUGGGCUGGUGGUAUGACCUCUGUCGAUCUCUACUUGUUCCCAUGUUUCAGUUGCGGUAACCCACAAGGUCAAAGUCAAUCCCUCGUCCAAUUCGCUCAAAGCAAUGGUGUCAACUUUGGCAAGAUCUGGUUAGACAUUGAAGGUCCAGGUACAUACUGGGGUGGUGACCAAGGUGCCAACCAACAAUUCUUUGAAGGUUUGGUUCAAGGUUUAAGUGGAGUAUCUGUUGGUAUUUACACAUCAGAAAGUCAAUGGUCACCAAUUAUGGGUGAUUAUUCAGGUGGUUCCAACUUCCCACUCUGGUACGCCAACUAUGAUGGCAGUCCCAACUUCAAUGACUUUUCUCCAUUCGGCGGUUGGUCAACCCCAACCAUGAAGCAAUUCGACGAUCCAUCCAACUCUGGUUGUGGUAUUGGUAUCGAUGAAAACUGGAUCCCAGGUGGAGCCUCAUCAUCUACUCCAGUCACCUCUGGCAGUGGUUCCGGUUCUGGAUCAGGAUCAGGUACAUCGAGCUCCGGUAGCAACUCUGGAUCAGGUUCAGGUAGCAACUCUGGAUCAGGCUCAGGUAGCAACUCUGGAUCCGGUUCGGGUAGCAACUCUGGAUCAGGUUCAGGUAGCAACUCUGGCAGUGGAUCUGCCUCUGCUUCAUCUGGAUCAGGUUCAGGUAGCAGUUCUGGAUCUGGCAGUGGAUCAUCCUCUUCAAGUGGAUCGGGCACAGGUAGCGGUAGUGGUAGCAGCAGCAGUGCUCGUUUCCAAAAAUAA